GAGGUGCCCACCGGCACCCUGGUCCGCUGCAGCGACCGCGAUCCCCGCGAGCCGUUCUUCAAGGUGCAGUGGCAGGAAUUCGACGGAUGGGUCGGCAUCAAGAACGUGAGCUGGAUCCAGAGCCAGAUCUCUCAUGGUGAUGCAGCCAUCCUGGGGACCCCGUCGGAGCCACCACUGCCAGCGCCAGCUCCGCCAAGCCGAAAAGCGGCAGGGUUCUGGGGCAUGUUCUGCGGCAGCGCCGCCUCGGUGGACAUCGGGAAACCCUCCAGCUUGGCAUGGCACGAUACGCCGUCGUCUCCUUCAAGCACUCCGUCCGCAAAAGUGAAGGCUGCACAAUCGCACAUGGACUUCAACCUGAGGAUGGUCAACUCGAAGCCAGUGGUGCCGUCCUCGGCGUUGGACCCCAGGGACCAGGCGCUCAUCCGCGAAGCGGAUCGCAUGACGAACCACUGCAUCUUCCGCGAGCUCACGGUGAUGGGCCCGGCGGAACUGUCGGAACACCGCUGGUACAGCAAGGCGAGCACCCUGGAGCUCUACUCGCCCUACGCGUCGGUGCCGGCGGAGGUCAAGCAGGCCGUCCUGGCCGAGGUCGGCAAGCUCGCGGGCUCGCCCGCCUCCCGCGCCGUGGGAGCGCUGGUGGGUAUGGCGGUGGCGGACGCGACGGGCGCGCCCUUCGAGUUCAUGCCCGCCCGGGACGUGCCCUGCGUCCCCAUGAUCGACCCGAACACCCUGGACAUCCUGGAUCAAGUUGGAGGCGCUGGCUCAGAGAGGGAAGUGAUGCCGAUAUACCCUCACCCCUCCCUCGUUUUCGCCCGUUUGGGCCUCCUGGGAGGCCCUCGUCGCCACGGCUGUGAGAGGAGUUGAGAUCCCAGU